UACCAGUUGACUACUCGGGUCCAUGAAAUCGACUGACACUUGACCCUCCCCGAAAUUUCUGGUUUUCUACCAAAAUCUUUAAAAAACAAAAGAAAAAAAGAAGAAAAACCAGUUUUUCAUACGCAUGCGCACUAAGCGUAUUUCCGCCUCCAUUCAUUCAUUUUAACAAACUUGAUUCAAGUCGGAAUUUCUCUCAAUUCACUCCCAAACACAUUUAUAAUACAUUUCUCAACCACCUGACGCACUUCUAACAACAACACCAUCCUUUAUAAAGACAUUUCCAAUAUCAGAUGACAUUGGCAUAACUGAAGAUACAUUCUCAUUAUUUAUCAUCUUUUAAAGACCAAAAUAGAAAUAUUGUACAGAACAGAUAUAUAAGAUUGUUUCUAUAAAUCUAUGGCAGAAUUCCUCUGAUAUAUUUACUCUGAAAUGUGUUAUUAGCAAAUCUUCUGGACAUCACUGGCUGGAGUGUCUACAAGAUGUGUCUCUUUGCAAAUUAAACUUGGGUAAAUUUACUAACGAGUUUUGGGACAAAAGUAACACUGGACAGAAAUACAGCAGUCAAAAUACUUGCAAACAAAAGACUAUAGAAGUACAAAGAAGAAAACAUAUAUAUAUAUAUUUUGUGAUUUUCAAAGAAAAAUAAUGGAAAAGAGUGGGAAACUAAAGGAUUUGACUUUUCCAGGAGAAAAAGGGAAACAAAAAUUGUCACAUGACUGUGAUGUGUGUAAAAAGUCCUUCUCUGAAAAGGGUAACUUGAAUAAGCAUAAACGUAUUCAUACGUUAGAGAAGCCAUUUCAUUGUGACAUCUGUGGUAAAUCAUUCUCUCAAAAGGGUCGCUUAAAUAUGCACAAGCGUAUUCAUACAGGGGAGAAACCAUUUCACUGUGAGAUCUGUGGUAAAUCAUUCUCUCAAAAGGUUCACUUCAAUAUGCACAAGCGUGUUCAUACAGAAGAGAAGCCAUAUCAGUGUAACAUUUGUGGUAGACCAUUCUCUCAGAAAAAGACUUGACUACACACAAACAUAUUCAUACAGGAGAGAAACCGUACUCCUGUAAUAUCUGUGGUUAUUCAUUCUC